UUUUCAGGGCAAAAAUACGCGUUGUAAAACAUAGAACAUUUUGUCCUGUUAUGUUGCUUGUAGGCAACUGCAUAUUUAUUCACUUCUCACUUUCUGUAAUCUUUUAAUAAGUCUAAAUAACGCUUCGCAAUGAAGUUUGUUAGGUUUAUUAUGAAAAAUUCUGCUUUGGCCAGUGCGCCGAAACACAUCGAGCACUUUGCUAAAUUCUCGCCGUCUCCUCUUUCUAUGAAACAAUUUAUUGAUUUUGGUUCCACAAAUGCAUGUGAGAAAACGUCAUUCGUUUUCUUGAGGCAAGAACUACCUGUGCGUCUGUCAAACAUCAUGAAAGAGAUCAAUUUACUGCCUGACCGACUGCUCUCCACACCAUCCGUUCAGAUGGUACAUAGCUGGUAUGUUCAGAGUUUGAUGGAGAUCCUUGAGUUCUUGGAAAAAAGUCCUGAUGAUCACAGUGUUCUGGGAGAGUUUGUGGAAACACUGGUGAAUAUCAGAAACAGACACAAUGAUGUCGUGCCCACCAUGGCCCAAGGCGUGAUUGAGUACAAAGAGGCUUUCAGUCAAGAUCCGCUCACCAAUCAGAACAUACAGUACUUCUUAGACCGAUUCUACAUGAGUCGCAUAUCCAUUCGUAUGCUUAUCAACCAGCACACUCUGGUUUUUGAUGGGGCCACAAAUCCUAUUCAUCCCAACACCAUUGGGAGCAUUGACCAGCACUGUCAAGUGACAGAGGUUGUCAAAGAGGCUUAUGAGAGUGCCAAAAUGCUUUGUGACCAGUACUACCUCAGCUCCCCUGCCCUGGUGUUGCAGGAGCUCAAUACAAACAACAAGAACCAGCCUAUCAGCAUAGUGUAUGUGCCCUCUCAUCUCUACCAUAUGCUGUUCGAGUUGUUCAAGAAUGCUAUGAGGGCAACUAUUGAAAACUAUAAUGAAGGCAGUAGUCUUCCACCUAUUGAGGUUAUGGUGGCUCUCGGAGGAGAGGAUCUUUCUAUAAAGAUGACUGACAGGGGUGGUGGAGUUCCUUUCCGGAAGAUCGAGAAUCUUUUCAGCUACCUGUACUCCACAGCCCCGAUUCCACAGCCUGACCAGCAGCACAGAGCUCCUCUGGCUGGGUUUGGGUAUGGGCUGCCGAUCUCUCGUCUCUAUGCAAGGUACUUCCAAGGAGACCUUCAGCUCUACUCUAUGGAGGGUUACGGGACCGAUGCUGUCAUUCACCUCAAGGCGCUAUCCACAGACUCUGUGGAAAGGCUCCCAGUGUACAACAAGACGGCUCUGCGGAACUACAAGGUGAGUCAGGGGGCAGACGACUGGUGUGUGCCCAGCAGAGAGCCUCUGGACCUGGCUGUGUUCCGACUGGCAAAGUGAGGAGGGAGCAACAUCCUCAAGCCCCACCAGGCUCUGACACUGGGACCAGAGAGUAGACCGCCAUCCUGGAUGCGGCCCUGCCCUGGGAAGACAGGCAGUCUCUCCUGUAACUCUAGUUAUCGCAUGCAAUAGCUUUCCCCCUGCCAUAAUCAACUCAUGGACUUAUUUAUUUUUUCUUACUUUUAUUCGUUUCAUGGUUUCACUUUUGGUUUAAUUUUUUCUUUGUCACAACGUCAAUUUUGAUCUAAGCAUGCGUGAGUGAGACGGCCGACAGAGGCGACAGCCUAUUGCAGCUCAUGCCGUUUGUCUCUCGUGGGAAGUGGCAUUUUGUAGGGGGAGCGUGGCAUACAGCCUGUGCCGCUACCCUUGUUAGUGGGCAGGUGGAGAGCCACCUGUCCCUCAAGGUCAGAUGCAGCCCUGAGCACCUGUGAAGUAACAUUGCCCAGUGGGUGGACCGAAGAUAAAUCCAUGCAUAAUACUUACAUUUACCAAUAGACUAUAUAAUCAGAGGUUGAUGUGGAAUGUGCUGUAAUAAGUUAACACUUAUUACUGCAAGGACACUCAACUUCCAGUGAAUGGCAGAUCUUCUGACUUCUCUUUCCAUAGGGGUCAGGUGUGUUUGAUGACAGUGAACAAUUCGUUCACUUAAUACAGUUUGUUCAGUUAAAUGUCAGUGGUCAUAUGCAAGUAGUACUAUAAUGAGAGUCCACAUUUGAGUAACGCUUUCAUGAAACACCUCUGUGAUGUUGCCACAUUUCAAUAUUGUAUUGUCACAUACCUGGAACAUAAUUUCAACAGUAUUCAGAACAAGGAAAGCUGCAUAAAAGAAUCAGAAUAUGUUUCUUGAGUUUGGAACUCAAGCAGUGUGGAACCACAACGAGUGUUAUGUAUUGCAAGAUUUUUAAGUGCAUGUUGUCAAAUCAGUUAUGACAUCCCAAGUAUAUUAUUAUUGCCUUGGUUAAACUGUUGUGUGAUCGUACACUUAAUCACCCUAACAUUACUUCCUUGAUUGAAUGCACUCCAUGUAUUUUUAUUUUUUUUUGAGUGUCUUUUGCUUCUAAAUUUAUUCUUGUACCUUCAGGCUUGCAUUAGAUGUUUCUGCCAAAAUAAAAACAAUAUAACUGUUAGGUAGAUUAGACUCUGCAGCUUAAACCUUGUCUGAUGCAACUUUCUUUCAGGUUGUGCUUUUUUAUUUUUCUUUAUUUUAUGUGAACAAACAGGUAAGAGAUAAGAGAACUUAUCUCUACCUUUGCAUAUAUAUCUGUGUGCCUCCCCUUGUUUCCUGUAAUAAAUAAAUGACCCAUUCUGAACGUGAA